AUGAACGAAACAGAAGAACACCGUCAACUUCACCUUGAAAAGCAAAAAACACGAAAUCAAUCGAAUGAAACAAUAGAACAACGUCAAAUUCGACUUGAAAAACAAAAAACACGAAACCAAUCGAACCGAUCAAAUAAAACAGAACAACAACAUCAAAUUCAACUUGAAAAACAAAAAACACGAACUCAAUCGAAUCGUUCAAAUGAAACAGAACAACAACGUCAAAUUCGACUUGAGAAGCAAAGGAAACGAAGCGAAGCAAGCAGAGUGAAGAAGAAAUUUGAAAAACACACAUUUGAUAACAUUGAUAUUCAUCGACAAAAUAUCGAAAUACAAUUUAGCGAAGCGGAAGAAGAAGCAUCAUUGGAUAAUAGCAGCACAAAUGAAAACAUCAUAAAGAAAAAGAACGACUCAAAUUAUUCCUGUUGGCCUAAACCGAUUCCUCGUGAAUUAAAAGAGGCCCGAUUGCAAAAGUUUCUUCAACAGAUGUCUAUGUCAGUACUAGCUGAUGCUACUUGUGGAAUUUGCAACGUUCGUACUCCAAUACAACAGUCAAAAAAAGUGCCACUCUCAAAAAUUCCUAAUAUUCCUUUACUUAAAGUUUCUGAUGAACUCAAAAAUUUAAUUACUAAUGGUCUAUCAUCGUUAUCACAACAUUUAGACGGUAACAGCACAGCGAUUCUUCAAAAUAUUCAAAGUAACAUAUGA